GCCCCGCUUCCCCGCUGCCACCUUCCCGCUGCCCUGCCGACAGCCCCGCAGACCUAGUCUCCCUCUCCCUUCCCUCGGCUCGGCGACUUGGAGUUGGAGGUAAGUUCCCAGCUUGAGCGUCGCCUGACGAAGGGAGGACCUACGCCGCCGUCCGAAGAAGCGAGGACCUACGCCGCCGUUAGUCGAAGCUCCGUUUCCAGCUCUCGAAUCUUCUCUGGAUUUGAUUUUCAGAGUUGGUUAGGGAGCUAGUUGGUUUGGGCAGAGAAAUUGGAUUGUGCUUGUGCAUUUUGGAGAGCAAAGGGCCGAAGGAGGCAGCAAUCAGCAUACAACAAGCCAAUAACGGUCAACAUUCACUGAAUUUUGAAUAUGACGAAAGCUUCUGCUGGCAGCCGUGGAGGAGGUAGUAAGAAGAAGAAAGCUAGUUCUCUACCUCCUCGAAGCUCUUCAAAAAAAGGGAAGGCUUCAACUAGUAGCACACCUUCCACUACUGCAAAUCCACCUACAGCUGCAGCAAAUCCACCUCCUGAGGCAAAUCCUCCUCCAUCUACAGAAAAUCCUCCUCCAUCUGUUGAGGUACCUGGUGUACAGAAGAAAAUUGACAAGGGGAAGGGGAAGAAGUCAAAAUCUAAGUGGUGGAUUCCUUACAACCGUGUGUUGGUUGAUGACUACCCAUACGGCAAAUGCAAAAGGUGUGGGACGCUGAUCAAAGCUCAUUCAACCUUCAAUGGGACUAGUGGUUUGAAGAGCCAUCACCUAAUGUGCGAGAGGAAGGCAAAGGAAGCUAGUGGUCAGUCUGUAUUGAACUAUCAACCUGGAACAGAAAGUGGAGUCGGUGAGGUAGGCUCUCUUACUCCAUGGAAGUUUGAUCAGAACAAAUCUAGACAUGCAUUAGCUAUGAUGAUAAUCUUGGAUGAGCUUCUGUUUAGAUUUUUUGAGCGGGAGGGGUUUAGGAGAUUUAUGGCAACAGCUCAGCCUUUGUUUGUGAUACCUGGAAGGCAAACAAUAAGAUCUGAUUGUUAUGUCAUUUUUCUGGAGAAGAAAGAAAUAUUGAUUGAGUUUUUUAACUCAAAGUGCAAAGGAAGAAUAUCUAUCACUACAGAUACAUGG